AGGCGAGCACGCCUCUGCUGUUGCUACUGCAGUGUCGGAACUCUGUGCAGGGAGGCUGGUGGGUGGACCGACAGACGGACGCACACAGACUCUGCGACCCCCAUCCCCGCUCUAGCGCCUGCGGUAGCCCGUCCCGCACCGCCCGUCCAACCACCCCGCGCCCAGGUGCCCACCGUGCUCGGCGUCCCGGGUUCGCCAUGCGCUCCGCGGCGGUCCUGGCGCUUCUGCUCUGCGCCGGGCAAGUCACUGCCCUCCCUGUGAACAGCCCGAUGAAUAAAAGGGACACCGAGGUGAUGAAGUGCAUCGUGGAGGUCAUCUCUGACACGCUGUCCAAGCCCAGCCCCAUGCCUGUGAGCCAGGAGUGCUUUGAGACACUCCGAGGAGAUGAGCGGAUCCUCUCAAUCCUGCGACACCAGAACUUGCUGAAAGAGCUCCAAGACCUUGCUCUCCAAGGUGCCAAGGAGAGGGCACGUCAGCAGAAGAAACACGGCAGUUUUGAGGAUGAACUCUCAGAGGUUCUUGGGCAGCAGAACGACCAGGCCGCGCUGAAGGAAGGGACAGAGGAGACGUCCUCCAAGGAUGCGGAGAAAAGGGGGCAUUCUAAUGAGGUGGAGGAGGAUGGCGAAGACACGGACAGACCCGGGCCCCAGGCCUCCACGGAACUUGGGCGGGGGUCCAAGGGCGAGGAGGACAACCAGGCCCCAGUGGAGGAGGUCGCCAACACCCACCCCCCAGCCAGCCUCCCCAGCCAGCAACACCCAGAUCCUCAGGCUGAGGGGGACAGCGAGGGCCCCUCCCAGGAUCUGGUGGACAGAGAGAAGGGCCAGGGUGCGGAGCAAGGGCAGCAGGCACGGAGAGCAGAGGAGGAUGAGGAUGACGAUGAGGAGGCCGGAGAGAAGGUUCUCUCUGAAGAAGAAGACCCCACCGAAGCAUUUGGCCCCCACCCAAGCCUUGGCUACAAGGAGGUCCGGAGGGCCGAGAGUUGGUCCAAGGAUGGAGCCGGAAAGACUGGGGCUGAGGAAGCCCAGUCCCCCCAGGGGCAGGGGGACCGGGAGCCGUCCCAGCCGGAGGAGGAGAUGGCCGGGGCCCCUCGGGGCCUCUUCCCGCCGGGGAAGAGCAGGGCGCCGGAGCCGGAGGACGAGCGGCUCUCCAAGGAGUGGGAGGACGCCAAGCGAUGGAGCAAAAUGGACCAGCUGGCCCAGGACCUGACGGCGGAGAAGCGGCUGGAGGGGGAGGACGAGGACGACCCUGACCGCUCCAUGAAGCUCUCCUUCCGCGCCCGGGGCUAUGGCUUCGGGGGCCCCGGGCCGCAGCUGCGUCGCGGCUGGAGGCCGUCCCCCCAGGAGGACCCCGAGGGGGGCCUGCCCCCCCAGGUGCGCAGCUACCCAGAGGAGAAGAAGGAGGAGGAGGGCAGCGCCAACCGCAGACCGGAGGACCAGGAGCUGGAGAGCCUGUCAGCCAUCGAGGCGGAGCUGGAGAAGGUGGCCCAGCAGCUGCAGGCGCUGCGGCGGGGGUGAGGCGCCGGCGGCCAGGGCCCCGAGGCCCCCUGUGGUCCUGGCUCUGCUGUUCCCUCUGCAGGUCCUGGCCGGUGACCUGUGUGCUGCUUCCGGUAGGGAGGCAGCUCAGCACCCCCGCGCCCAGGCCACCCUUCCCCCACCCCUUCUCCUGCUCCGACCCCCAGGCACCCCUCUGCAGGGCAGACCCCCACGACUUCAAACGAUGAGCCUUUCUCUGAACACAGGAAGCUUUCUAGAAGUUUUCCUUCCACAUCAGAGCCAUUGGGCACAACUGCAAUAACCUCUGACCUCCCGGGGAACGUUGAGCACUCCUGACUGUAAUGUACCCUGCACACAACUUAAAAAGGAAAAUAAAUCUGCUCUGGGCUCUCCUG